AUGUCUGAUAACUUUGAUAGUAACUCAAUAGGAACAGUGGAUUUUCCAGAUGAAGAUUAUAAUAAACACAGAUUUAACACUUUUAAAAUAAUAUCAAGUGGUGAUGAAUUAAAUCAUGAUUUGAUACAGAAAAAUAUUAACAUAAAUGGAACUCAAAGGCCCGUUUAUUUGAUGAAUGAUAAUUUGAAAAUGUUGGCGAAAAGGAAUAGUAUAUUGCCACCGGAUUUAAGGCAUAAAAUAGAAAAUGACGAGUAUCAUGCUGUUAUAGUACACGAACCUGAAGCUAAAAUUCCAAGGCCACCCAAUGCAUUCAUGAUAUUUGCCAACGAAUGGAGAAAAAAAGUUGCACAUAAAUUUAACAACGAAAGUAAUAAGGAUAUAAGCGUACGUUUGGGUCAAAUGUGGAGAAAUUUAGACAAAUCACGUAAAGAAGAAUAUUUUAUAAUGGCGCGAAAAGCAGAUGCCGAACAUAAAAUAAAAUAUCCAGGUACGUUUAUUAUAUAA